GAAACGAUUGCUAAAGCGUAUUGUGGAAGGGAAGUAGUUCGUUAUUAAUUUUGUCUAAUAGAGGAGAUUAACCACUUAAUUGUUGCUUUUGUAUAAGAAAUCAAUGCAAAGAAAUUUCAGAAUGCUGUAGAGAUAUUUAUUACUACAGAAUUUUUAAGUUUAGGGGCGGCGCAUGAACAUUUUUACUGCGCUGACUUGCAACUAAGUGGGAAAAGCGCCAUAUUGUCACAUGUUCAUAUUUGCGACUCACAUGACCUGUUGUUUGUCCCCGUGAUCACUACCACAUUACUUCCUGGCAAAUUCAAAAUAUUUACCUUUGACCACAUGGAUAUGCUUGAUGAAGAUUUAGAUGGCAGACCUACUCGAACCAUUAAAACAGAGAAGGGUUACAUGCAAGAAGUUUAUGUAGACCCAAAGGUUACCAUGGAUGUGAAUGGUGAGGACAGUGCAAAUGCUGGAAGGUGGGAAGUAGUUGAAGUAAUUCAAGAUCUAAAUAGUAGUCGCAAUCUUCAUACAGACAUAAUUUGUGCAGAUCAACUCAAUUCACAAGAUAAAGUUAACGCAGAUGAUCCCCCUGCCAUAACUGAUGCAACAGUAACAUACCGAGUUGUGCAGUUAGCUUCUGAUACAUCUCGUGAUGAUGCUCCUGCUGCACAGAUAGUUACUACAUCUGCAGCUCUAGUUGGUGGGCAGCAAGUUACACAAGCAAUAAUUGCAAACCAGUUUGCAGCAAAUGGGAGUGCCAGUCCGGGAACAGAUGGACCAUUUUAUGUGAUGAUGUCUCCUCAAGAUGUGCUACAGACUGGACAGAGAACUCUUGCACCAAGGACACACCAGUUUAGUCCUAAAUUGGAAGGUGGUCGAACUGCUAGAGAUGAAAGGAGAAGAGCAACUCAUAAUGAAGUUGAAAGGAGGAGAAGAGACAAGAUAAAUAAUUGGAUUGUUAAGCUUUCAAAAAUAGUGCCAGACUGUACUUCAGAUCAUACAAAACAAGGACAGUUUUAUUCCCAAAGCAAGGGAGGAAUCCUUGCAAAGGCUUGUGACUACAUCCAAGAGUUGAGAGUUGCUAGUGCUCGCUUACCAGAUGUUUUAAAAGAAAAUGAAAGACUAAAUAUGGAUUUGGAUGCGGUUCGUCAACAGUGUGAAGAACUGAAGAAUGAAAACCAAAUACUCCGAGCCCAUCUUCAGCAGCAUGGCAUUACCGUUAACACCUUGAUCAACAGUUCGUAGUUCCAAAGUGCAACAGAGAGGAUUUUAUCGUCAUGCAAAGUAUACAUCUUUGCCUUGUUAUUGAUUGUAUUCACAUGAGACUAAGGAGCCGAUGGCAUACAAGUCUCUUUUUUCAUUAUCACUUAUACAUAAAACUAUCAUUAUUGAUCAGUUCAAUGCAUUUUAAAGAAAUGCAGAUUAAUGAUUAUAGUCCUGUGCUUUAAUGUGCAGACAUUUUUGUGAUCUUUCUUGCUAAGAAUUUCAGGAUAGAUUUUUUUAUGUGAAUAUGUGAGCAGCCGCAUGUGAAUUACAAUGUUACUCUUUCAAUUUGCUUUUUGUAGAAAAUUUGUAAAUAUGGUUGUAGAAUGUUUCUGCAAGUUGCUUGUGGAACUUGUAAAAAGAUCCAUAUGAAAAAAAUAUUUAAAUUCUGUGAGAUAUUUCUAAGUCAGUAAAAAAACUGUACACACAUUUUCUGUCUUGCGCAUUGUUUUCUUUUUAAAUAUUAUUUAGUGUAUUAUUUUUGAAAUAGUUCUUUAACAUUACUGAUACUUUUUUUUUUGUAAAAGUUUAAUAAUCCUUUUAGUACGAUUUUAUAUGAAUAACAGCAAGCACUUUUCAGAUAAAUAAAACACAUUGUUAAGCUGUUGUCUAUUUUAAAAUUUUGAGUAGUUAAAAAGAUUUGUAAUAUACAAAUUUAUGUAUAUUCUAAAACUGGAAGUAAUCAUAUAAAACUAGUAAACUGUUUCCAAAUUCCAUAAAACUAUGUUCAGUUUUUUUAGUGUAUAACAAUAAUGUGAAAAGCAGUUGAAACAUAACAUUUGUAUAUUUAUAUAUAAAUUUUUACCCUAAAUAUUUCUCUUCGUCUGUAUAGUUUUUUAUUAUUAUUUAAAAUGUGGCUGAUGUGUAAUUAAGAUGGUCAGUUAUAAUUCAUGGGGAAAUUUUAUUAAAGGAAGAUGACAUGAAAUUAAAACACUUGAAACAAUUUAUAAUUACUUCUGUUACACUAAGUUGGAUUUAAAUGCUAAAUAUUUAGUUAAUUUUAAAAUUUUCUAAAAAAUUGUAUAAUUUUUUAAACAAAUCCACAGAAUCAAAAAAUGAAAUGAAAUUUCUUUUCUAAAUCCAUAGCUAAUAAAUAUGUACUUAUAAGUAAAAAUCAUAACAUCUCAGUACAUGCUUACCUUCUCAUGUACUAUUUACAUGAUCUGAUGUGAUGAUAAUUCUAGUUUUUCAGUAUGUCAUGGUCCUUAGAUACAAUAUUAUAUCUAAGGAAAAUCAUUAAAAAUCAGAUCUGUGUCAUUUAUAUUAAUCAUCAACAAGCAGAGUUUUGUAAGUAUAAAAGUAUUCACAACUGGAUAAAACUAUUAUUUAUACUCUAGAACAAAAUAUUAUUUUAAUGCCGUUCUGUAAAGUGUAAUAUAAUAUUUUCCCUAUUUUGUGAUAAAAGUGCACUGUUAUGAAUUAAUUUUUUAUAUUGGAGUAUGUAAAAUUUGUUAUAUCUCUGAAAAUGUAAUUCAUUUCAUAAAAAAAUCCACCACUUGAAAUUUUUUAUAGAAGAAUGAAGACGAGUAUUUUUAUUUCUUUAGUAAUCUGUGUUCUGAAUAUUUCCUGCGUUUUCUUUUUUUGAAUUCUUCAUUUUAUAGUAUUUAAAUUUGGUAGUUUUUUUUGUAUGAAGCUUUUAUUUUAAAAGUGUAUUCACUUUUGCUUAGGAUGCUAAAACCUUGUUUGUAAGAAUGUGCACAUUUUCAGAUGUAAAAUUCUUAUUUAUUAUGUUUAUGUGAUUAAAUUAAUUAGCACACAAAUUAAAUAUUAAUUAUCAGUAUCAAAGAAACAGGAUUGUAACAAUAUUAAUAAAAUAGAUAUGUAUUUGUGAUGAUUGACAUGCAAAUUUAAACUUGCACUUAAAAAAAUAUAGUUGCAUAUGAUGAAUGAGUUAUUUGCAUUAAUUAAUUACUAUUUUUAUUCAUUCUUAUCUAUUUUAAUUGUUUUACACAUUUAAACAUUACUUGAUCAGAUUUUUAAAACAUGAAAAUAUCAUCUAACUUUUAAGUAUUUCUUAUGUUCUAAACCCAGUAAUUUUUAAAAGCAACAUUUUCUUACUUUUUUUUGCUACCAACCAGUAUAAAUAUAUAAGCAGGUACUAGUAUACUUGAAUGAGAUGAGCAGUCUCUUUUAAAAUAUUUCAGAAUCUAAUUUAGUUAUGUGGUAAAUUAUGCACAUAAACUCAAAGAAAUGUUUCUAAAUUUCUUUGGAAUUUUAUUAUUUCAUGAACUGUUUAGAUUGUUUCCCUAGUAUGUAUGGAAGCCUUUUCAGGAUGAUUAAAAAAAAGGAAAUAUUUUUUCAGUGCCUUUCUCGUUCCACCCUUUCUGUAGAUAACAGUUAAAAAAGGACUAUUCCUUGUAGAAUAUACAAACAUAUAUAUUAUAUAUACACAUGAAGUGUAGAGAUAAUGCUUUGUAAAUUGUGUAAAAACAGAAUUUGUAUAAAGUUACUUGCAAUGUUCAAUUCUUUGCUUUGGAAGAGUUUUAUUGACAAGACUGGAAAAUAAAAGAAUUAAUCUACU